UUUUUUUUUUAAUUAUUUAGAAAAAAUAAAAUGCCAAAUGCAGUCAAAAUAAUAUGCUUAGUGUUAACCUUUCAUUUUAUUAUACGACCUAUUAUAAGAACUUGGAAUUGGAGAGAAGAUGAAUUUAAACUUUUUGAACUUUCGGAAGAAAUGAAAAAUAACAAUACAGACUUUUAUACAUGGUUAGGCAUAGAGCCUACAGCAACUUUAGCAGAUAUCAGUAAGGCACAUAGACAACUUGUAAUGAAAUUACACCCAGAAACAUCAAAAGAGAUGGGUGCAGAAGAGAAAUUUGAAAUCACUAAUCAUGUCGCCUAUUUUCUACGUUCAUCAACAUUACGCCCUUUAUAUGAUUCAAUAUUAUUAGAAAACCAUGGCAAAGCACCUUGUUGGAAAGGAUUCUAUUAUCUGUAUACCCGUCAUAAAUUAUCAUGCAUGGUUUUACUGUCAAUUAUAACUUUGAGCGUACUAGAGUAUAUCAAAUCCUAUGAUAAUUAUUUGACAGAAAAAUUAGCAAUAGAAGAGUUUAUAAAGAAUGCAAAUUUAAUGGCACAGAAGAUAUCCGACAAAAGACAAAUAAAUAAUAGUAACGAGACACAUAAAAGUUUUAUUGAUUUGGGAGAUCGUACUAUUGAAUGUGAAAUUACAGCUGAAAAAGAAAUCUUUAUAUUUAACGAAAAAAAAGAAAAGAUACCUUUAUCUACGUCUAACUUAUUGAAGAAGCCUAGUAUACUUCAUAUUUCUUUAUUUCGAUACGCUAGAAAACUUUUUAAUCGUAAACAAUAUUAAUAUAUAUAAAGUCUAAUAAUAAAGAUAAAAUUCAAAUGGCUGAUUUCGAUAAUGACUUGUUUCCCUUCAUCCAACAAUAGAUUAAAGUAGGGAUGCUGAUUAAUUUUAUACAUUUUGUAAAUUUUACCAUUAUAAAAAGUAUUGAAUCUUGCAAUAAUACAAAAAAAAAA